AUGCCGUUUUGGCCCGGUAACCUACAUCAAGAGCAAGACCCAACUAACAUCGCGCCGCCACAGCUCUAUAUCCGAAACCAAGCCUCUAUGGUAGGUCAAGGCCUACCCAACGGCGCCGAAAUCAAUAUGACAGACGCGCCACUUCACUCAAGCAAAAGAAGACCACCCAAGAUCGAGGUCCGCCAGGGCCAAAAGAUCGAAUCAGCUGGGAGCCCAGGAAGGAAAGUAGAGAGCGUGCGCGAGACGAUUCUCCAAGUGGGACACGAGCAGCGCCUCUACCAAACAAGGUCCAGUGCUUCUGAGAUGCUCGUCGGUUCGAUCCCAGAAACGCAAAGGGUUGCGCAUGAGUGCCCAGCAGCAGAGCUCCCGCCGCACAAGUCAGUAGAAUCUGGCGCAGAAUCUUUCCCUACAACACAAGUCGCUCUACCGCCACCACCCCAUCCGAGACCGCAGCCAGGGCCGAGCACUCCGCACGCCGACUCCCACGAGCAGCUGCAAAACGAACUCCGCGCAGAACGUGAACGACGAGAGAAUGCCGAGCACGAGCUCCUCCAAAAGAAAAGCGAGGUUGAGGACAUCCGCAAGCGCUGGAAGCAAGCAGCGCGCGAACUUAACAAGUUACAAGCCCAGAGCCAGAACUUCUACCAGGUCACCGACACCUAUCUCAUUGACUUAAUCAUGCGCCUCCGCUACAACAUUAGCAGCUUUGCCAUCCAGCACUUUUCUGGCUCGCUUCAAGGGAGUGUCAAAUUACGUGGAGACGCUGCCUUUUUCUCGCCCUACCUGGCAACUACGACCCGGGACUGUUCAAUGUAUAACGAAUUCCUAGGACGCUCUGACCUGAGGCCCAGCAUCAUCCAGGCCUUCUUAUGGAAUGUCCUUGUACAUGAGGUCUUCGGAAACUUCAGAUGGGCUGAUGAAGCCGUUUGGAAAAUUGUCGCCAUCUUGGAGCCGGGCGGCCAUAUCUCCGGCAAGGCCCAUAAGAGCGUCGCUCCCGAAGAAUUGCGCAAGUUCCAAGUCUGGAAGGCCACCAUGAUCAGCCUCUUGCUAAGCACUCCACCCACGUCCUCGAACCCCCCAAAUCCUAAAGUGCAGGAGUACCUCCGUACGUACAGGAAAUCCUUCUACGAGAGCGUUGACGACGUCAUCAGGCCAUUUCAGGUGCCCUACGAUAGAAAGGAGUGCGAACGCCAGCUUCUCAAGAUCCUCGACGAGGCCUUAGAGCUCGACAAAGAAAUAAGCAGGCAAGUGUCGCAUAUAGAGUGGACGUUCAAAGGUGAUGAUGGCACCCUGGCUUUCGAUCCCGCGUUGAUGGAGGUAGAAAUGGGCAUGAAGCAAGGGGGUAGUGGUCGUGGGCUGGAGGUGUUGAUGGUGACGGCGCCGGGGGUCAAGAAGACCGGGAGGUCUACCGGGGAGGCUUUCCACGAGGUUUCGCUGUUGAUGCGUAUGCAGGUUUCGUAUCAGUAUGCUCUGGACUGA